UACAAGUACAAGGGGCCCGGAGAGGUCGUCUGUCCCGGGGCCCGGGCUGGCUCUCGGCGGCCCUGUGUGUGUGUUUGUUUAAAACACGCGGUGGGCAGCUGAACGCUUUAGUUUUAAUAAAAGGCCAGCGCUGGACUACCGCCGUUAAUUAUUGAGAUUAUUUACUGUUCGUGCUUGUGUGCUCGCACUGACUGAGCAUGGAUGGACUGGCAGCGCCACCACGCGCAGUGCAUGCUCUAUCAUCUCUCUCUCCUCUGUUUAUCCUUUUUCCACCCGCCUUAGUUUUUGACAUAAAGAACACUGUGCACGCGCCUCUGUCUGUGCGUGUGUGUGCGUGCGUGCCUGUGUGUUGAAGCGUACCGCCAGCCAGCGGGAAGCAAUUCCACCCGCCUGCACAACGUAGAGUGGACGUAGGAACGCACCCGUAGCAAGGACCGUAAUUCGCACUCAAACGCCGAAGAGUGAUCACGGGAAGAUCAUGUGACGGUUCGAGGCUGGCUUGGAGGCGAGGUUGGCGAGGUCGUGACGUCACAACCCUGCCGUUGCCGCCAGUAGUUGUGACGUCACGGCCUCGCUCGGCUCGCGCUCGCGUCUAUAAAACUGCCCUCCGUCCUUUCUUCCUUUUCACUCCUAGCAGAGCUGUUAAGGUUUCGAGGAGUCACGUGGAUUUUCGCCAAGCGUUGCCAAGCGGUUGCCAAGAUGCUCAAGCAGUCUCUCAACUGUACAUUAGCCGUCACCAACGGGAAGAGAAAACUCGCUUUGAAACAUACCUAUCUGGACAUAUACUGACCCGUAUACUUUAUUAAAAAAAGCGUUUUAUUUAGUAUAGUCAACGGGCACCCUGACUCCCACCCGUUCUAAAAAAAAAUAUGUCGAAAAAACUGUUUUCAGCUGCGUGUUGGAAGAAUUUUCGAGACUAGGUUGUCGGCACACGUUGGAAGGUGUGUAUGUGCGCGCGCUCAUGCAAAUCGAACAACAAAAUGCACGUGCGUGUGGUUGUUGUCAUCAUCUUGUCCGGUCUUCGCGCUGUGACGUCAUCCACAGGUCGGAGACCCGUGACGUGCACGUCGGCGCAGGUGACGUCACUGAGCGACCUGCUCAGCACCUCGUGGGUGAUUGCUCAGUACACGGCCGUGAGACUGACUCAGUGCGCGGUCGCGUGUCUCGUCGACAGUCGUUGCGUCUCUUUCAUCUACAACGACAUCAGCAACGACUGUCGUGUCUUCGCUGUCGUCCACUCGUCGUCUACGAUGACGCAGGCAGCGCUGGGUUACCGGUACUACGAUACCUGUAGAGGAGCUGGUUUUUACGGAGCUUCUUGUCGAGUGAGCACCCAGUGUCGUCUACAGAACUCCGUCUGUCGCUCUGGGUUAUGUGGUUGUCAAGAUGGCUACAGCUUUGACCCGGCACAGGCGGCUUGCAUCCACGGCUGCAGUCGCUACGGGCCCGAGUUCGAGACCAUCCCUGGCUACUACAUCAACGCCAACAACGAGGAGUCGCUGCCGGGCUACGACACACGCGCGUGUCUCGACCGUUGCCGGAACGCCACCACCUACAUCUGUCGCUCCAUCGACGUGCGACUGGCCCCGGACCCCGCCUGCACCACGGCCUCCAUCUCCAAGCUGGAUGCUCCGUCUGCCGACUGGAUGCUACAGGGAGCGUGGGCCACAGUACAUUAUCAACGCCACUGCAGCUUGUAGCUUCGCACCUUGCUUUCCUUUCUUGCAUUUGAACAGAAAACUUUUACUCUACUUUAAAAAAAUGUUCCCAACAUCCUCCACCCGUUUGGCAGAAACAGUGAACAGUCCCCACAAGCCUCGUGCUAUCGUUCUUGGGAUGGGACAUUCCUUCUCCAAGUGUUUUCUGUAUCCGUUUCUUUUUUCUCUUCUUUCCGUUUUUUUUUCUCUCUGUUUUUUUUUUUGUUGUUUUGUUUUUGUUUUUUUAAUCCUUCGAAAUUAAGUAAGGGCUCAACGGUGAUCAAAAGAAAGGCAGGACCAAACACUCGUAAGCUAAACGUACACAUGCACUAUUUCCUUUCUUUUACGAUAAGCUAAACCAAAAAGAACAUUUAUACAACGGUUGGAACAGACUUUUAAUGCAAGGGCAAUGAAAAAUGCAUUCGCGCUAAUCUCGUCCUGAUCACACUUUUCAGGCAGCGGCAGGGAGCAGGAUUAGUCCUCAUCCGACAUUGAUUUACAAACACCGCAAGUGCGGCGGUAAUGCCCAGACCUUAGUGUUGCUGGGGACGGCUGUUGGGUGACGCACACUGGUGGUGUUAUCAGACAAUAUGGAUUUAUCUAGGGGUGGUAUGUCCAGUCUUCAAAGCUGCACAUGGAAGCUGAGAGGCCUUUGAGCAAGUGCAGUCCUCUUCUCCGUGUCAAACUGUUUUUCAUACAGUUACAAAAGGAAAACAAAAAUCUGAAGUGCCGACAUGAAUAACUCGCAGUGUACCAAUCUGCAAAAGAAAAAAUUGAGAACUUUCCGGUAAAGGUGAAACAAAAAUCUUUUUGAAAGCAACUUGAAUUGCUGUGCUUUUUUAUUUUCCUCAAAACCUUUGUUUUCAUGUUUGCAACUUUAAUGGUGGCGCUUCUUGUGCUGGUGUGAAAUUAAAGAAACUGUUUAGCCAGAGAAAUCAAUGGACUGUGAAAAGUCUCUUGUGCUGAUGGCAGUAUGUCACAUGAGCACCAACAAGUACGUGUUCUUGCCUAUUUACAAACAUGCCAGUUAUUUCUUGUGUUCUUCGGACUGUUCAGCGUAUAUUAUUCUUGAUUCACAAAUAUUCUAUACAUGCUUAGACCAGACAGCCAUGCUGAUAGUUCACAAAUAGUUUAACAAUGCCUCAACUUCUUUUGACUAGACACCAGGAUACACGCAGUAGAGACUAUGUAGAUUGAGUGUGCAGGCUCGGUAGAUAUUUAUAUGUGGUGUUUAUACUGUAAUAAAAAAGAUUUAGUGUGCAGCAGGUUAUUUGAUUGAAGUUCGGAUGAGUGAAAGUUCAACGGUUCAUCGUCGUUUUCCUCCACAAGCACGUAGGCGUUUGCGCGCGCUACACACACACAGUAAUGCCGGGGGAACAGAAGUUUUUGUGAUCAUGUGUGCGCAGGGCUCUUUAAGCUCAGCCCGACAAAACUAAACUAAGGUUAUUAAGGGAGCAUUCAUGGUCCUCUCCUGACCCCAAGCUGAGCCACGAAUGUGGGCGACUUAAGUAGCUGCGAGAUAGCUUAUCAACACGCAGCACUGGACAGUUGCAACACCUCGCAUAACACUUCACAGGAAGCAUUCCACAACUUGGCCAACAAACAGUCCAGUAGCGGAGCACGCAACAUCUAACACCAAACAGCACCAAAGCACCAGAACCACACAGGGAUAAGGUACAGGGCUGGCGAGCCGCCCUUUUGGUCCCGACUCUACCUCU